AUGCCGGACCUCGACACCCUCCCACCAGAGAUCCUCUUCACCAUCCUCUCCUACACAGAACCCAACCUCAACCCCACGCUCUCCACCUACCCGCUCAACACCCUCGCCACAACAAACAAGCAUCUCAACGCCAUCGUCGAAGAAUACGCGCGCAACCUCCUCAAACGCCACGCCGACAUCGUCUUACCGAAGAAUACGCGCAUCUACACGUGCCGUCGAAAAUGGCUGGGCGACAUGUGUUACUUCUGCAAGAAGAAGACACAGCGGAAAGCGUGUUUAUACAAGAGCGUAGCAUGUUGUCUGGCGUGUGACAAAAAGGAGUAUGAAAAGAUGACAAUGACACAAGCCAUGACAUCCACACAGCUCUCUAAACUCGACCUGUUCACGCCCUCUCCCCUCCACCUCGAUCUCCCUCCUUUGGUAACAGCACCCUACCCCAUCAUGGGCGCCGCAUGUAUCAUGCUCUCCGCGCCCGACGUCAGCACCCGCGCCGCACACGUACGAUCCCGGCUCGGUGACGCAGCGCAGGACGAAAGCUAUAUGCGCAAUCGCCGCGCGAAACACGACCGCAUUGUCAAACAUUUGGGUAUCACGUAUGAGCCCACUGUAGGGUGGUACAUGUGUUCGGAUGCGUCGCGCAAUGGGGAUGGAGAUAGGGAGGAGAAGGAGAAGAAGAAGACGCCGGGAAGCAAGAAGAAGAAGAAGGAGAGAGAGUGUGAGUCUAGACUAGCGAGGUGGAAGGGAGAAGUCAUGGCAGAAGGCGCAAUGCGCGCAUUAGUUGCUUAG